AUGACCACGAGCCGCCAGCCCACGUUCUACGAGCAUGUUGUCGCCGGGUCGGUCUCGGGCAUGUCGAGCGUCGUCGUGUGUCAUCCGCUCGACACGAUUCGCACGCGGCUGCAGCACGCCUCGUCCCGGUCCUUUACGUCGGUCGUCGCCAGCACCAUCCAGCACGAAGGCCUCCGCGGCCUCUACCGCGGCUUCUUCCCGCCAUUCUUCUCCCAGGCCGUGUACAAGUCGGUCAUCUUCACGACACAAAGCAAGGUCCGGCAGCUCUUGGCCGCGACAGUCGCUGAGCCGUCGCCGCUGCUCUCGACCAUUGUCAGCGGCGCCAUCGCCGGCGGCAUCAACGCGACGCUGGUGGCCCCAGUCGAGCUCGUCCGCAACCGCCUUCAAGUGCAGGGCGCGUCCGCGUCGCAGCAGUACACCGGGACGUUCGAUGUGAUUGCUAAGGUCGUCAAGCGCGAAGGCGUCUUGGCGCUCUGGAAAGGACUGUCGGCAACGAUCACACGGGACGCACUCGGCGUGGGUUUGUAUUUUGUGGGAUUCGAUGUCGCCAAGUCCCACCUGCCAUCGGACUGGCAUCCGACCACCCGUGUGCUCAUCGCAGGCGCUCUCGGUGGCAUUUCCUUUUGGGCGAUCGCGCUUCCGUUCGAUACUAUCAAGACGGUGAUUCAAGUCAACCCCCAUACGACCAAGGGAAUGCUGGCCACCGGCGUCGACCUCGUGCGACGCGACGGCCUUGGUCGAGUGUUUUAUGGCUGGCAAGCCGCCUUUUCGCGCGGUAUUCCGGGCGCCGCCAUCACAUUUUACGCCUACGACACGACCAUGGCGUACCUCCGCCCGCCCGUUGCCUCGUAG